GCGAAGCCAGGAGCCCCCCGCUGCGCCCGCUGCCCCCCGGCCGGCAGUGAAAUGCUCCAGGAGAAAAGCCUGUCUGAAACCGAGGAAGGGUUUCCAACAGCCCCCGCACCCGGCCAUGCGGACUCCUCCGCGGGCUCCCCCGUCCUCGGCGUAGCCGGGGGCAGCAGCACUCCGCUCAGCAGCCCGCAGCUCCCCGACCCCGAGCAGACGAUAGAAAAUAUCAAAGUCUAUCUCCACGAGAAGGAGCUAUGGAAGAAGUUCCAUGAAGCGGGCACCGAAAUGAUCAUAACCAAAGCAGGCAGGAGGAUGUUUCCCAGCUACAAGGUCAAGGUGACUGGAAUGAAUCCCAAGACCAAGUACAUUCUGUUGAUUGACAUCGUCCCGGCCGAUGACCACCGGUACAAAUUCUGCGACAAUAAAUGGAUGGUGGCUGGGAAGGCAGAGCCGGCCAUGCCGGGCCGGCUGUAUGUGCAUCCUGACUCACCUGCCACUGGAGCGCACUGGAUGAGGCAGCUCGUGUCCUUCCAGAAGCUGAAGCUCACCAACAACCACCUGGAUCCCUUCGGGCAUAUUAUCCUCAAUUCAAUGCACAAAUACCAGCCACGGCUGCACAUUGUGAAGGCAGAUGAGAACAACGCUUUUGGCUCGAAGAACACGGCAUUCUGCACCCACGUGUUUCCAGAGACGUCCUUUAUCUCGGUGACCUCCUACCAGAACCACAAGAUAACUCAGCUGAAAAUUGAGAACAACCCCUUUGCGAAGGGAUUCAGGGGAAGCGACGACAGCGACCUGCGCGUGGCACGGCUCCAAAGCAAAGAAUACCCAGUGAUUUCCAAAAGCAUCAUGAGGCAGAGGUUGGUGUCCAGCCAUGGCCAGCUCUCCACCAAGCCGGACGUUAACCCACUCCAUGGCAGUCACCAGACCCUCCAACACUACCAGUACGAGAACGGUGCUCACAUGCAGUUCGCAGCCUCAGAUACUCAAGAUCUGUCACUCAACACCUUCACAGCACAGAGAGAUUCAGGGCUCUUCUAUCACUGCCUGAAGAGAAGAGAAAGCGCGCGGCACCUGGACCUGCCCUGCAAGCGUUCCUACCUGGAGGCCUCCUCGUCAGUGGGUGAUGAUCACUACUUCCGCUCCCCACCACCCUACGAGCAGCAGAUGCUGAGCCCGUCCUACUGCAGCGAGGUGGCCCCACGGGAAGCCUGCAUGUACUCUGGGUCAGGGGCUGAGAUCGCAGGCGUGCCGGCAGUGGAUGACUUGCCGCCUCCGCCUCCCCCGCUGAGCUGCAAUAUGUGGACUUCAGUCGCACCUUAUACCAGCUACAGUGUUCAGACAAUGGAAACUGUGCCCUACCAGCCCUUUCCAGCCCAUUUCACAGCCACCACCAUGAUGCCACGGCUCCCGUCCAUCGCGGGGCAGGGCUCACAGCCCCCGGGGAACAGCCACUUCAGUGUCUACAACCAGCUGGCCCAGUCUCAGGUUCGGGAGCGCGUCCCCCCAUCGUCUUUCCCAAGGGAAAGAGUGCACCCGUCCGUGUGUGAGAGGAAGCCGCCUUCCCCACACCUCAACGCUGCCAAUGAGUUCCUCUACUCCCAAAGCUUCUCCUUGUCGCGGGAGUCCUCGCUGCAGUACCAUUCAGGAAUGGGGACGGUGGAGAACUGGACGGACGGGUGACUCCGCGGGCCCAGCGGUGCCGCAGCUUGCGUUACUGCUCCGGGACGGUGCUAAGGCAGCGUUAUACCUGUGGGUAACUUGCACUUGGGUGAGAUGAGCAUGCAUUUCCCAGGGGCGCGUGCGUGCGGGGAGAGCCCAUCUCGGGCACACUGAGAAUUCCGACUCCUGGAUCCAUCAGCCUCUGACUCACUUCCAAAUGAAUUAAUUCUCACGUCUUCAUUACCGAUCUGAUAGAAACCAUCUUCUGGACUAACGAGUGAAGUCGUCUGUCAUUCACUUUUGCCUGUAUCAGUAAACGUCCAUGAGCAAAUUUUGGCUUUUUGGGAAAAACACGAGCUUCAUUUGUAUGGUACUUGGUUGGCAAAGUCACAGAACCCCCCAAACCAAAGAAGAAGCGAUCCGUUGGGCUGUGUAGCUCCAGGACUGCUGUAGCAGCACGUGUUAGGCUCUGUCCACCUGCAGGAAUUUCCUUUCCUCUGAUGCCAGUGGUGAGGUGCCAGUCCAGACCUUCCCAGCACAGCGCAGAGAGGAGAAGCACCGGUGCUCAAAUGUCCCUUCCUCCCCCAUCGAUCAUGGCUGUGGGAGACUGAGAAGUGAAGCGUUACGCCCCGGGCCAAACAGCAAAUUAAUUGCAGCAUUAGGAACAUACCCAGUGUCUUCAGACUCUGUUGAUCAAAUCACACUUGCUUAUUGCAAUAUAUUUAUGAAAUUUAAGCUUAAAAGUCGCUAAUACUUUCCAGAAAGGGUUUCUGUAUUUGCUGGUCCUUCAUUUCUUUUGCAUUCAGCUGAAACGCGCUUUUUGUGCUAUGUCUUUUUUUUUUUCUUUUUUUUUUUUUUU